AUGAGAAUUAUUUUAAUUGAUGCGGACGGGGUGAUUUGCGAGUUCUGGCAGAAACUGCUGCAAAGUCGCAUCGGAGGGAGAGCGAAAAGUGUUGACAUUGAGGUAUUUCACGGGUAUUUGGACGGACUGGACUUUUCUGUCUCUGAAGAGAGCGUUUUUGUAUCUCCUGGGAACUCGUUUGGUGGAAUGGGCGGAGGGUACGAUAAGGCAUUGGCAAGUCUUUUCGCCGAGGACGGGAAUUGGCAGAACACAGACCGAUUUGUUCGGGGCUGGAUCAGCGCUAAUAGCAGGGGUUACUCGAGUCCUGGUACAGCUCAACUGAUUGAAUUUAGCAUGAACAGGUCGCAAGCGUGGAAGAAACAUAGGAGUCGCACUCUGUUGCAUCUUCCAACGAUGGUUACUCCGGGGAAACUUGGUUUCACAAAAUCUCAAACGUUUACAGCUGUUUUCGACUGGACGUGGCAGUGUCUGAUAAAGAUUCACCAGAAAAAAGAGCUGAAAGUUGCAGUUUUCACGGGAAUGGGCACCGGCUACGGACAAUUGGACAAAGAGACGGUUUGCAACGCGAUGGUUUCUGCGAUAUUCAUGUUUGCGGAAGGUUCUGGGGCCGAGGUUCCAAAGUUCUUGGAAAAAACAGUUACUGGUCUAUCUUCUAUAUAA